AUGUUCCACACGUUGGUCAUGUCCUUGUUCGCGUCGCUGAUCGGCCCGUUCGGCGGUUUCUUCGCAAGCGGCUUUAAGCGAGCGUUCAAAAUCAAAGAUUUUGGAGCGAUUAUUCCCGGCCACGGCGGACUAAUGGACCGUUUCGACUGUCAGCUGCUGAUGGGCUCCUUUGUGAAUGUCUUCAUCCAGACAUUCAUCAGAGAACCAGAGCCAAACGGCAUCGUACAACAGAUACUAUUCAUGAAGCCCGAACAACAGCUGCAAGUGUUCGUGUUAUUAUUUCAUAAGUUGACCGAAACUGGAAUACUAAACGACUCUGUAUCGUUGGAUCUGCACGUUAACUCUUCGUCAUACUAA